AUGGGGGUGGACAGGCGGCAGAGAGCCUCGGCAGCCCUCUCGCUCGGCUUCAUCUCUUUAAUCUUCUCUAUCACAGCCUUCAGCAGCAGCUACUGGUGUGAAGGAACUCAGAAGGUAGCCAAACCGUUCUGCAGCAAACUCGCAGGUGGGACCCACUGCAUUCAGAUUAACAGCCCAGGUGGGAAUGACAGCAGCGUGGUUCAGUACAUCUGGGAGACAGGGGAUGACAAGUUUGUGGAUCGAAAGUUUCAUGCCGGCAUUUGGCAUUCUUGUGAAGAGAUGAUCAGUGAAAAUGGUGAGAAAUGCAGAAGUUUCAUCAGCCUGAUACCCCCAGCAGUUCAAGGAGUUCUAUGGUUGUCCAUUGCAGCAGAAAUCCUCUAUAUUAUUUUACUUCUGAUGGGCAUCACUCUCAUGUUGAUUGAAAUCUGUCAUUCCAUCAGUGUCCUGGAUGGGCUGAAGCUUAAUGCAUUUGCUGCUAUAUUCACUGUUUUAGCAGGUCUCCUUGGAAUGGUGGCUCACAUGAUGUAUACCACUGUAUUUCAAAUGACGGUAAAUUUUGGCCCAGAGGACUGGAGGCCUCAAAUGUGGGAUUAUGGCUGGUCUUACUGCUUGGCGUGGGUUUCCUUUGCCUGCUGCAUGGCUUCCUCUGUGACCACAAUGAACAGAUACACAAAAACUAUUUUGGAAUUUAAAUAUAAACAGAAGAAACUGGAGAGAAGUCUACAAGCUAAAUCCAAGCCUCCUGUUCCAGAAAAGGCUUGGAAGAUGUACGUUGACACCCUCCAGAGCACAAACGAGGACUUCAUGCAUCCCUUAACGGAUAUGCACAACCCAUCCAGUCCUAUGGGAUUUGCAGAGUUAAAUAAUAUUCCGGUGGCACAUUGUGAAGAAUAUUGCUAA